AUGGAUUCAACAGUAAAGCCAUCGUCUAGAUUAGUGUUAACAUCGAUAUUAUCAGGGAGUUUGACUCUUAUAUUUUCGAUAGUAUACAUCACUCUUUCGAUCAUAGCAUUGAUAUUCCGGUUCAACUGUAACGCUAUCUCUUUGGAUUCGCUGACAACGUCAGACUUCUUCAUUAUCCAGCUGUACAGGAUUUAUAUUUUAAAUGAGGAAUGCCUUUUAUCGGAGUCUUUAGAAGGAGUCACGAGCGACUAUUCCGUGUUCGUAUUGACAACCAUCACUUUGGUCGCUUCUCUGGUUACUCUGGUGGCAGCAGUGGUUCUCUUAGCAGCCAUCACCUCAGCUUCGGAAACUUCAUACCUGAAUAUAUUUAUUUAUGGAUACAUAGGAGUCUGCGUUUGCUCCCUUAUAGUGGACAUAACCUUUGGUGCACAUUUCGGAGUGGAUUUGACUUAUUUAACCAAUCAAGUGGAUACAGUGUUAAGUGAGGACCCCUUUCAAAUUUACUCGUUGCAAAUGUUACGAUUGGGAGCGUGGUUAUUUAUGAGUAUUUGCCUGAAAUUCUACAUUGGGCAUCUUGUCAAUAUAGUCUUACUUAUAUUCUUAGUAGUCUAUGUCAUUGAAUACGCGAAGGAACUGAAUGUGUCAAAGCAUUCCAUUCAUAAAUUAGGAGUGGUGAAAGCAUAUGAGAGUCCAAUAAGAAAUGACGUCUGCAACCAUCAUUGCGAUAUAUGUAGCCAGCGUAACAGGAAUGGAAGAGCAGGGUCUCAAAUUAACUACGGGUACUCGAAUGACGAAGAACCGCCACGAAGCAGAAGCCCAGUGCGCAACAACAUGAGACCAGAAUAUAAUAAUUCCGUUCCGGUACUAGACCGGUCCAGCUCUUGGCAGCCGGCCGCUGGUUCGUCUCGGCCGUUCACGUACCUAGAGGAUGUGCGGCAGCGGCCGCCACCGCUGACCAUGCCUCCGUCCCCGUCGCCUUCAGACGCCCAGUGGCGUCGCGACCGCUGGCAAUCGGGAAUGCCUCCGUUACCAGCCCCGGAUUAUAGCCCGCAAGGGCCCCGGAGACUCAAGUCUGCUCUAAAAUCUUAG